AUCGAUCAUUUAUUCAUUUUGUAUCGUUGUUUUGUAUAAAAGAAUGGGCAGACAGUUUCAUAUCAUGUACAGUAUCGAAAUAUAAAAUAACUAUAAUGGAUGGAGACAGUGAAGACGAAGAGUUUUAUGACGCUUCAGAUCAUCCUAGUAUUGUUUUAACUUCUUCCGAAACUCAAUUGUUCUAUCGCCAUGACUUACAAAAUUUAGGAAAAGAGUUUGAUUCUUCAUGUGUUUUAAAUGAUUUUGAAGCAAAGGAUGAAAUUGAUGGUGGAAGUCAGCUUGAGGUUGCACCUGGUGAAGAAAAACAUUGUUUGAAAUCAAAUGAUGUAAAAAAUUGUGAAAACAAAGUAGAGAUAGGGAUUGAUCAAAAUUUUCAUGAAAGUUUGAACAUUGCUCCAGUAGCUCCUCCAAGACGAAAGAAAAAACAUAAAAAAGAAGCUGAAAUAACAAAGGUCUCAGAAAACUCUGAGUCUUUUGUCUCAGCUGGUGCUGUGGAACAAGUCAAAAGUUUGCAACAAUCAGUUGACUUCCAAACAAAAGCUCUAAGUUCAGUUGAUAAGUCAAAUUCUGAAUGUGAUGAUGAAAUUGAGUCACAUUUAGACAUAAGUACGCAAGAAAUGAGCGAAAUCUUAGACAGAAACAACUCUACAGAAGUUAUCACACCAUUGUAUUUGCAACGAAAUAAAUCCCAAUCUAUAUCGUCCAUUGGAAGUUUCUGUAGUGUCUCUAGCAACAUAUCAUUUCAAGAAAGAUCAAAACGAUCUGGAUCUCAAGCAUCUCUUGGCAGUAACACAGAUAAAAUUACAACAGCAUCUACAGCACUAACUGACCAGGAAAUCCUUGAGGCUGUAGUUGUUAGAAAUUUAGAUACUGGUGAAACAAUGCCCCUUAGCGAAGCUGAGAAGAGCCUUCCUUCUGGAGUAAAUCCUCUUGCGUUACAUAUUAUGCGCUUGACAACCGAAUUUUCAAGCCAGAAAGAUCUGGUCGCAUCAGACCAAGAAGAUGUUGGAGAUGAUAACGUUACAACUCGAAAGAUUUUAAGAAAAAAAAAAAAUUUACGAGGCUUAUUCGCACGAAAGAUAAAAAGUAAAGAUCAAAAAGUAAAAGGAGGCAAAGACGGUAAACGGGGAAUGGAUGAAAGUUCGUCAAGUGAUGAAGAAAAUCCGCAAUCUGAAAAUUACAUAAAGGUGAAAUCUGCAAACGGAAAAGGACAAUCCAUUAUUAAUAAACUUAAUAUAAUCCAGGAUUUGAGUGGAAAACACCAGGGUGCUGUUUGGACUAUGAAAUUUUCUUCAUGCGGCAAACUACUGGGAACAGCUGGUCAAGACAAAGUUGUCCAUGUUUGGGUAUUAAAAACUGAGAAAGAUUUCUUUGAACAAAUGCGAAACAAAUACGCUAAAGCAGACUCGGAACGUACUGAAAGUCAAGAAAAAUCAUUAAAUGUUGGAAAUGAGAAAGACUCGAAGGAUGUUGUUAUCGAACAAGAUGAUUAUCCGGAAGGGUUUUAUAAAGCACCAUUUUGCUCCUAUGAAGGUCAUGGCAGUGAUGUCUUGGAUCUUUCAUGGUCGAAGAAUUAUUUCCUAUUGUCAUCAUCAAUGGAUAAAACUGUUAGGUUAUGGCAUAUAUCUAGAACUGAAUGUCUCUGCUGUUUUCAACAUAUUGAUUUUGUGACAGCUAUUAUUUUUCAUCCAAGAGAUGAUCGAUAUUUUUUGAGUGGCUCUUUGGAUGGCAAAAUACGACUUUGGAAUAUUCCAGAUAAAAAAGUCGCCUUGUGGAAUGAACUAGAAGGAGCAGGUAGCCAUCUUAUAACUGCUGCUAAUUUUUGUAUGAACGGAAGAUUUGCUGUCGUAGGCACAUAUGAUGGACGGUGUAUUUUUUACGAGACCGAACAUCUUAAAUACUACACACAGUGGCAAAUCCGAUCCUCAAGGAAGAAACAGGGAAGAAAAAUCAGUGGAAUAGAGCCAAUGCCAGGAGAAGAUAAGAUUCUUAUCACGUCCAAUGAUUCGCGAAUUCGACUUUAUAAUUUGAAAACACAUACACUGGAUUGCAAGUAUAAAGGCUUCACUAACUCAAGUAGUCAGAUAAAAGGUAGCUUCAGUCACGAUAGUGAGUUAGUUGUCUGUGGCUCUGAAGAUCACUAUGUCUACAUAUGGAGAGCUAACCAUCGUAUUUCAACAGCAAGGAAGGAUAGAAACGACUUCUACGAAGGCUUUUCAGCUCACAAUGCCGUAGUUACUGCAGCCAUAUUUGCUCCUUGUCCGUGGAAUGUUGUCCAAACAGAAUACAACGAUAACAGUACUGGUAUGACUGGACCUGAAGUCAUUGUCACUGCUGAUUGGACAGGAGCGAUUAAAAUAUUCUUGAAUAAAUAGGAGACGCUCAGAAGAAAUGUGUACUGUCUGUAAUGACUUUAAGUUUAACAACUGUUAAUAGCCGGUCCUUCAUUGAACGAUUGACAUAGACAAUUCUAUAUACUGCAAAUUUGGAAAAUAUUGAUUUAAAACUGUAGUAGCAUUUUGUAUAAAUCUAUAAGCUUCUUUAAAACAGCAGGCUGUUUAAGCUCGGUUCUUGUAUCCAAGGUUUAUAAAGUUGUGAAAAGUGGAAAGUUAAUAUCACCGUAAAUUUAUCAGAGCUAAGAGAAGUUCUAUACGUCAUAUGUAAUCGAGUUAUAAAUAUAGAACUAUUUCAUUCACAAUA